UGCAAUAAAAGAGCUAAGGUUACUGGAAGUGGCAUCUUCGACAAUCAACAAGUUUUUUUUAGCAUUCAGCAGGUAAUGUUCUACCAGUGGUUGUUGCAGUUCUUCUAACAGUUUAUGACGCUUCUAAUCAAAAUCUACCACUGGCCCCGAAAAUUGUUUAAAUGGAAAUGUAGAACAGAAGGAAGGAACGAAACGAUUCUGCUCUUACCUACAAGUAGCUAGCUAGCAAGUUAUGGCUCCAAUCCUGCUGGAAACAAGACCUGGACUUCAGUGCACUCUAUGCUCGAGUUCGUCUUCCUUUGGCAGAUGAAAGCUAGCUUGCGAGAAUGCUGGUACAAAAAGUAAGGCAAGGUGAAAAUUCCAACUUCUAACUAGCUAGAUUCCUUGGUGAAAGCGACGUCUAACAUCCUUACGUCCCUCUGUCGACUGUUCUCUGCUAGCUAUCUCACAGCCUUGGUCAUUUCACGCAUUUCCAUUCGCUCCCUCAGCAAUUCCCUUUUUUUCGUAUCUCUUGGACUUGGACUUCACUUUAUGCACAGUUAUGAAGAAAGUCACGACAGUGGACUGGGCUUGCGUUUGGCCCGAGGUGUGGCAUUUAUAUGGUUUAAUCUCUACUGGCCGUCUUUUAAUGCUUGGCCACAGAGCGGGCAAGUGGGCCGGCCCAAACCUCCUUAGCGAAUUGCGAUCCAGGUCCGUGCCUGGAGAGCCGAGAUGUUGGAGGUUGGACUCGAAUACGAUCGUCAUCUCGGCACCAGCGAAAGAUUCAGUGAUCGGAGAUUCAUUAUCUUCAGUCAGUAAUCAGUAUCUGUUUCUCGCCAACCCUACACAAGGUAAUACAAUUGUUUUUGUGCUUCUCAUUAUCUCCGUCUUCACGCCUGUUCGCUUUUUGAGGAAUUUGCUCCGGGUACCGAUUAAUUUUGUUGUCUGCCGUCGUUCCUGUCUGUGAAUUAGGGUUUCUAUUCACGUGUAUUUCGUAUUCAAUUUUCGACCUCGAACCCUUAGGCUACUAUCAAUUUUUGUUGAUUUUUUUCCAGGCAGUUUCAAGUUGCCGUGAUCUCGGUAUUGGCCGGCCGAGGUUUUUGAGCAAAGUUUGCAUCUUCUUGUAUGUAUGUCUACCUCUCUAACUGGUAAAUUUGUGGCCCUUCACUCUUCGUCUGGAUCGUUGCUCUAGUUUUUGGCGUUUGUUGACAGGGUAUCUUAUAUGAUGUGAUGCUAGAUGUGUUCCUGAUUCUAAGUCCUGAAAGGUUACUACAUUUUUUAAGUUUCUUCUAGUUGGUCGCUACAUUUUCUAAAUAUGUAUAGUGUUCCAACCUUUUUAGAUUCUGUGUUGGAGUCUCUUUGGAAAUCUGUUACUGUUGAGACCUGCAAUACUAGGUCUUAAUGAUGGGAAAUGAUUUGUAGUGUAUUGAAUCCCAAAAGUUCUGCAGUUUCUGGUCGAGAGAACAGGUCUAAGCAUUAUUUCGUUUGUCGGCUUAGUAGUCCGCAAUCGCUAAUCAUCAUGAUUAUCAGAUUUCACAUUGUCGAUUCUGCUAAUUGUUUAUUGUGAUUCGGAUUUGAUUGUUAAGAAUUGUUUAUGUGGGUUUGAUUUGGGGAUAGGGUAAGAUUAAUAAGCUGGGGUAGUGAUAGGUAAUUGUGUUUUAGUACUUAAACUAUGAGGCUACGUAGAAAUGAGUAAGCAAGAUUUAACCUAAACCUACUUUUGAGUUUUGACUUUUGAUCACUCUCCCUCUUCCCCUCUCUUUUGACCGCCGAGCCUUCUUCUCCUUUCUCCUUGCUGCCGCGCGGCAGCACCUCUUCUCCCUUCCCUUCUUCUUGUUCGAAACCCCAAAUCCACCCCUCUUCCUACUUCCCAAAUCACCGGAUCAAUCCCUAGUUGAUCCCCCUUUCCAAUCCCUAGGUAGAGCUCGGAACUCGAGUUCUGUCACAUAUACCCCUCUUCCUACUUCCCAAACCUGUGUAGUUGAUGUGGUUUCCUCUACCCAAAACAUGUCCUAACUAUUGUCUGGAUAGAAGUCUAUUGCAUUGUUAGCUCUGUAAUUCUUACGACCCCCUAUUGAAGCUUUGAAGUUUACUCUAUUUCGCUGAUUACUUACUAUUUUAGGGCAGAGAAACAGAGCCUCGGCCCCAAGCACAGGGCUAUCGGAAUCCUCCAGAUAGAAGAGGAACACAGACUCGAAAUCCGGUUUCUAGGGUAUCACAUUUGAGGAACCGUUUCAACCGCUCUACUACUCUAGUACCUAGAUGGAGGACUCCUAUUCCUGUAGAACUAUUUGGAGAAAGGAACCUUCAGUUUCCUCUGGACAUGGAUUUAGACAGGGUACUUGUCUUUAUCUCUUAAACUCCUUCCCAGUUCGUGAUUGUGUAGUUUAUUCUUUCCGACUUUUAUCUUGGGUGUUUGCGUCUCGUCAUGACUUGUGUAAGCUAAUGGAUGCCAUGUCAAACUAUUAGCAGUUUUUGUUAGCAUUGGUGCAGUUCAAAAAUGCCAUCCUUCUUUCUCAAAGCUAUCACUGAAUGUGUUACAAUUUGCUUCUGUAAAUUGCAUUUUGGCUGGAGGUUACAUUCAGGUUGUGCAGAGUUCUAUUGGUUUUAGGACCUUUUUAUGAUGAAAGGUAGCAAUAGCAUGUUAAACGAUGAAGUGUCGCUACCUUUUCCUUUCAGAAGUUGUUUGUGUGUGAUAUUGGGUAUUGUUCAAUUCAAUGUUUGAUGCAUUUUUCACCAUGAUUAUGCAUGUUUGUGCUUAGCAACGUAGGGGGUGUGCAUGUUUUGUUCUUAGAAUCCUAGAGAUUGUGCAUAAUUGUGCUUAGCACCCCUAAGUUUGUGUAUUUACGUGCUAGUAAUCUAAUUUGCCACCUUAGCCUAGUUUAGAGAGGAAAAUCCCCCUUUUAAGAGCCUCAAUCGAGUUGGUUUUCCUUCCGCUUUCUAAGCCACCUAAACUAGGUUGAGUUAGGGCAACCUUCAAUAAUGAAUUAAAUUAGUCGAUUAAUCGUGGUUAAACCGUCCGAUCUUCGAGUUGAGUGAGGAAGUAAGCCGAUUACCGAUUGUCUAAACCAAGAGGGUCGAGUGACACGGCCUUUCAUCCUCACCUCGGUUUAGCAAUUGAGACUAUGGUCUCCGACCACAUACGCUUUCCUCUGCGGUUCAUGAUUAACGUGCCCAAUGCAAUCGUUCCAAUCCAUUAAACCUUUAAACCAAAUUACCUUUGCUUUCUUUCAUUCAAUUAGCAAACCUUUAAACCAAAGUUUUAUCGCUAGAUAAUGAUUUCAACAACCGAAGUAGGGGUAGAAGGACCGACCCGGGUCGAUAUAUAAAUACUUGCCCUAUACUGCACCCGAUUAGAGUUUAAAAACUUCGGCUCUAAUUGGGGUUUAAUUGUGGUGUAGUUUCGUGCGAGUCAAGUUUUUGGCGCCGUUGCCAGGGAACAACGGUCUGUUAUUCUGAAAAAGUUGUUGUUUGUUAAUCUAGCUUUUAAUUUCCAAUUUUGCAAGUGUGUGUGUUCUUUGCUUGUGCUAGAGUUGGUGUUUUCCGAUUGUGUGUAGGAGGUGCAUGACCCGACACCCUUGCUACCACUUGACGAGGACAUAAACCGAACUCUACGGCUCCUAGCAAGGGAGAGAGAGCUAUCAGAGGCAAGGAGAAAGAGUGAAAGAGGGGGACAACAAUUGGGUCCCAGUGUUAGUGGAGAAGUAGUUGAAGAAGUGAAAGUUGAACCUAUCAUUAAAGAGGAAAUGGCGGGCAACCAAAGACAAGAAGGAGGCGCUCAAGCCCGCCAUAUGAAUGAGAAGGCGGGAGAAGAAAAAGCCCCAAGGACGAUGGGGGUACUAUAUGGCCCCAAAGCCGGCGGACAUUCAAUCGCCGAUCCUACACCCUCCUGUGGUGGCAAACAAUUUCGAGAUCAAGCCGGCUCUGGUGACUAUGAUACAAAGUAAUGCUCUCUUCCACGGCCAUGAAAGCGAGUCACCAAAAGAGCACGUGCAGAGAUUCUUGGAGUUCGCAAGGAGCUUGAAAAUUAAUGGUGUGCCGGCCGAAGGUUGGCAACUAAGGCUUUUCCCAUACUCACUCUCGAGGAAGACACUUAGGUGGCUAAACAACCGCCCACCUCGGUCUAUCACCUCAUGGGACGACCUCCUCAACAAGUUUAUGGCUCGUUAUUGCUCGCCUUUGAAGACGACGGAGUGGAGAAAGAAGAUUACAUAUUUCGAGCAAGAAGAGGACGAAACCUUGAGGGAUGCUUGGGAGAGGUACUCCGAUUACUUUCUUUAGUGCCCUCACCACGGGUUUGAAGAACAAUUUCGGAUUGAAACCUUCUACGGAGGGCUAAUGCAAGAAGAUAAGAUCCUCAUUGACUCCUUGUGUCAGGGGAUGUUGAUGAAUAUGGCUCCGCCCCAAAUAACCGAGAUCUUAGAAGUGGUAGAAGAAGCAAUGAAAGGGGAGCGAGAAGCGUGGGAGCGAGUGCUCCACUUGAGGCAAAGUUGGAUAAGUUGCUUGAGGUUAUGCUUGAAGAUAAAAGGCAAGGAAAACAGGCGAUAAUGUCGUGCGACUGGUGCUCGAGUACUAGCCACAAGAUGGCGGAGUGCCAAGCAAUGAAGGAGGCAACCACUCCGGAGGAGCAAGUCAACUUUGUGGCAAAUGCUAGGGUCAACAACCCGUAUAGCAAUACUGAUAACGCCGGAUGGAGGAACCACCCCAUCUUUUCCUUGGGCAUCACCAGCUAAUCCAAGGCCCCGGUUUCCAAGGCCCUUCGGGAAACUUCCAACCUCAGCCAACCUUCAUCCAACAAAGGCCCUAACUCCAA